UACGUUAAAAUAAAAACCGGUGGUCACAAUUCGCGUCCAUUUGCUUAUGCAUCUGAUAAAACGAUUCAGGACCGUGUAGUCAUUCGCUGCUUGUGUGAACUUGGGCUGGGCAGGGCUGGUUUAUUCCAAUCUGCCUUUGGCUGUGGGGUGUUGAUUGUUAGUGCUAUCUGCAGGGGUGACGUCACUCGGCCAUCCGAGGGAGGGAGAGUGUGGGAUCCGCCGGUGUCAUGGCUGACAUGUUGGAGAGGAAGUGAUUCCCAUCCGCACAAGAAAAGGGUGCAUUUAAUACCGAUAAACCGUCUGGGGAUCGUUCUCGAAAGACACAGAAAAGGUUUAGGGGAGCGGUCCGCUGCUUUCGUAUCCAAGGACGGUUCCAGUCGCAGGAUCGAGUUGUAAUUAUUGUCAAUUUCAGCCCAGAAGAGGGGAAGAUGGCGGACCCGGCGGAGUGCACAAUAAAAGUGAUGUGCCGUUUCAGGCCCUUGAAUUCAGCCGAAGUGGCAAGAGGGGACAAAUACAUCGCCAAAUUUCAGGGGGACGACAGCGUGGUGAUAGGGGGUAAACCAUAUGCAUUUGACAGAGUGUUCCAGUCAAAUACUUCACAAGAACAAGUGUACAAUUUAUGUGCACAGAAGAUUGUCAAAGAUGUGCUGGAGGGGUACAACGGUACAAUAUUUGCUUAUGGACAGACGUCUUCUGGUAAAACACAUACCAUGGAGGGGAUCCUCCAUGAUUCGGACGGAAUGGGUAUUAUUCCAAGAAUAGUACAAGACAUUUUUAAUUAUAUUUAUUCCAUGGAUGAAAACUUGGAGUUUCAUAUUAAGGUUUCAUAUUUUGAAAUUUAUAUGGACAAGAUUAGGGACCUUUUGGAUGUUUCAAAGACUAACUUGGCUGUCCACGAAGACAAGAACAGAGUUCCGUAUGUCAAGGGAUGCACUGAACGGUUUGUCUGUAGCCCAGAUGAGGUUAUGGAUACCAUUGAUGAAGGAAAAUCCAACAGGCAUGUAGCAGUAACAAAUAUGAAUGAGCACAGCUCCAGAAGUCACAGUAUCUUCCUUAUUAACGUGAAACAAGAAAACACUCAGACGGAGCAGAAGCUAAGUGGAAAACUGUACCUGGUUGACUUGGCAGGUAGUGAAAAGGUCAGUAAAACUGGAGCAGAAGGAGCAGUGCUGGACGAAGCAAAAAACAUCAACAAGUCUUUGUCGUCGCUUGGAAAUGUCAUCUCUGCCCUCGCGGAAGGCACUACAUAUAUUCCCUACAGAGACAGUAAAAUGACAAGAAUUCUUCAGGAUUCUCUUGGGGGUAACUGUAGAACCACCAUUGUAAUCUGCUGCUCACCAUCUUCAUACAACGAACCUGAAACCAAGUCUACACUCAUGUUUGGUCAAAGAGCUAAGACCAUUAAGAACACGGUAUGUGUUAACGUGGAGCUCACAGCAGAGCAGUGGAAGAAGAAAUAUGAAAGAGAAAAGGAAAAGAACAAGACGUUGCGCAACACCAUAACGUGGCUUGAGAAUGAACUCAACAGGUGGCGCAAUGGUGAAAGCGUGCCUGUGGAUGAGCAAUUUGAUAAGGAGAAAGCCAAUGCUGAAGUUCUUGCCCUGGAUAGUGUCACCAACAACGACAAACCAGCUCCCACUCCAGGGGUCCCAGGAGUGAAGCUCUCUGAUGCAGAGAGAGAGAAGUGCGACGCAGAGAUAGCAAAACUCUACAAGCAACUUGACGACAAGGAUGAUGAAAUCAACCAGCAGAGCCAGUUGGCAGAGAAGCUGAAACAGCAGAUGCUGGACCAGGAAGAGCUUCUGGGCACUUCAAGGCGUGACCAUGACAACAUGCAGGCAGAGCUGAACCGGCUGCAGGCUGAGAACGAGGCCUCCAAAGAGGAGGUGAAGGAAGUGCUGCAGGCCCUGGAGGAGCUGGCUGUCAACUACGACCAGAAAUCCCAGGAGGUGGAGGACAAGACCAAGGAGUUUGAGAUGCUGAGUGACGAGCUCAACCACAAGUCGACUCUCCUGGCCUCCAUCGACUCUGAGCUUCAGAAAUUGAAAAUGACAACUAAUCACCAAAAGAAGAGAGUCACAGAAAUGAUGUCAUCCCUGCUCAAAGACCUGGCAGAAAUAGGAAUUGCAGUUGGAAGCAAUGAUAUCAAGCAACACGAAGGCAGUGGCCUGAUCGAUGAGGAGUUCACUGUGGCUCGUCUGUAUAUCAGUAAAAUGAAAUCAGAAGUGAAAACGAUGGUGAAACGCUGCAAGCAGCUGGAGAGCACCCAGGCUGAGAGCAACAAGAAAAUCGAUGAAAACGAAGGCGAGCUGGCAGCCUGUCAACUGCGCAUCUCUCAACAUGAGGCUAAGAUCAAGUCCUUGUCGGAGUACCUCCAGAAUACAGAACAGAAGAAGAGACAGCUGGAAGAAACUGUGGACUCUCUCAAUGAAGAGCUGGUGAAGAUCAAUGCGCAGGAGAAAGUUCAAGCGAUGGAGAAAGAGAGUGAGAUUCAGACUGCCAAUGAAGUCAAGGAAGCUGUAGAGAAGCAGAUUCAUAGCCAUCGCGAGGCUCACCAGAAACAGAUCAGCAACCUUCGAGAUGAGCUGGACAAGAAGGAGAAGCUCAUCACGGAGUUCCAGGACCUGAACCAGAAGAUCAUGCUGGAGCAGGAGCGCCUCCGUGUUGAACACGAGAAGCUCAAGACCACUGACCAGGAGAAGAGCCGCAAGCUGCAUGAACUCACGAUUAUGCAGGACAGGAGAGAACAGGCAAGACAGGAUCUUAAGGGCCUUGAAGAGACUGUUGCAAAGGAACUUCAGACUCUUCACAAUCUUCGGAAGUUGUUUGUUCAAGAUUUGGCUACCAGAGUCAAGAAGAGUGCUGAGAUGGACUCUGAUGACACUGGGGGCAGUGCUGCACAGAAGCAGAAAAUAUCCUUUCUUGAGAACAACCUUGAACAGCUCACAAAAGUCCACAAACAGCUGGUACGUGACAAUGCAGAUCUGCGCUGUGAGCUUCCUAAACUGGAGAAACGUCUUCGGGCUACAGCUGAGAGAGUCAAGGCCUUGGAGUCUGCGUUAAAGGAAGCGAAAGAGAACGCCGCCCGGGACCGCAAACGCUAUCAGCUGGAAGUGGAUCGCAUCAAGGAGGCGGUGCGGGCGAAGAACAUGGCCAGGAGGGGGCACUCUGCUCAGAUAGCCAAACCUAUCCGCCCUGGCCAGCCUCCAGUUGCUUCUCCAACACACCCCAACAUAAGCCGCCCAGGCAGUGGAUUUUAUCAGAACAGCCAGACAGUUACAAUCCGUGGAGGUGGCGGAGCGAAACAGGACAAGAGCAGCUGAAGAACCAGCAUAAUCAAAGAGGAGGAUUCAGAUCUCAUCCAAACAACCUGUCAUUCCAUUGCAGUGAACUCUCCCAAUGAGGGCUCACAGGAUUAGCUCUGAAUUUAUCAAAUCAUAAUAUACCUGGCUUGUACAGUUCUACCCAGUGCUCGCUCUUUGUUUGUUUUACUCUUCUCAUAAACAGAAAUUGAUUUCCUUACAAAACAUAAAACACAAAAUUGAGCGUGCAAUCCAAGCAUCUUGCAAGUUAACUUCAUGGGAGUUACAUGUGUAGCUCUGUUUUGUUGCACAGUUUGUUGUCAUCCAUGUCUUAAAUUUAGUCUGCACUGUGCCAAGUUGAAUGUAUGUUACAGGUUUUCAAAAAAGAAAAAAAAAAAGGGUGGUGGUGGUGGGGGGGGGGUUUCCUUGCAGAAAACGUCCUAGCCUAAUGUGUGUACAUUUCAUUGUUUUAGGGGUUGUAAAACAAUAUCUCCAACUAGAUUUGAUAAGCUUGUUUUAAGAUUUGAAUCAAAUAGAUAAAACACUACUGUCCCAUUGUACAGGUUGAGAUAGCACUAUGUUUUCUUGAAGUGGUUAUUUGGAGUCUGGACUAUAAACUGUAAUAAAUGCAGUCUAGGUGCACUCAAGACUGGAGCCUGUGGAAGCCAAGACCUUGGAAUUUUUUAUUUUUUUUUCCCAGUUGAACAGAAGAUGAGGUUGAAGAACCAAGAAAGCUGCUUAGAAGUUUACAAUCAUACCUUCAUUGCCAGGUUGUCUGAAUGAAUCAAGUACUGUAUAAUAACAAGAAUGGUUAAAUGCAUUGUUACUGAAAUACCAUAUCAAGAAAACAAAAAAGCCUUCAGUAGGCUGAAUUGAAACACUUGCUUGUCCUGUCCAUGGUAUUUUCCACCUGUUGGCUUUGUGUGCUUUUAAAAGCUUCUGUUUUCAUUGAGUGGUUUUACCAAUAAACGUUCAUUAGGACCAUAGAUAGAGUUUAAAACCUUUUUUUUUUUUAUAAUUCAACUUUUUUUUUUUUUAAUGGAGUGGACAAAAAUAAACAUUUUUAGAUUGCAAGUAGGGCAUGAUAAAAUGUUUGGAAUGUUGCAUGUAGAAAGAUUGAUAGUUGCUGAAAUAAAAAAAAAAAGUUUUUUCUCUGGGGGGAGGGGGAGGGUAUUGUGGGGGUACUCUUAUCUAACUUUUUACAUAUGGCUUUAAGACCAGUUUCUAUCAUGUUUAUUACUUUUUGUUGUGCGUAUGUCUCUUCUGUGCCUAGCUGUGGUUGUUUUGUAUUCUAAAUGAUUUGUUGGAGGCUGAGCUUUUAAAAUAAAGCAGAGGUUUAAAUGGAUGUGUACACACUCCUGUGAAGAAACAUGUCUUCAGCCUCAUUGCUUCUGAUACUGAUCAGCCAGUCAGUGUAUCAGAAGCCCCGAGGGAAUGCUGAUGCGUUUCAUGCACUUCUAUACAAUGAGAUUUACGUUUAUUUAAGGUUUUAGGGAAUUUGUUUUGUUCUGCUUCAGAUA